AUGGAACCCAAGCCCAUCGAAGCGUUCGGUGCCUCUCUGCAGGGAUACUACAACAACAAAUGCCUUUCAGACGUCGUGCUGACUGGGCCGUGGAAGGAGAGUGAGGACAAAACCAUCGAAAUUAAAGACUUUGAUGCAAAUAUUGUGGAGGCUAUGCUUCGUUUUCUUUACUCUUUCGACUACGACGUCCCUCCCAACACACGCCAUAUGAUCUUCCACGCUCAGGUCUACCAGAUUGGCGACAAAUACGGCAUCGAACCACUCAAAAAGCAAGCUGCAAACAAAUUCGAACGUGUCGUUAACGAAGCCGAAGUCGACGCUGGGUUUGCAAGUACCUUGGCCGACACGAUCUCCAUUGUGUAUAGCACCACGCCAUCAGGAGACCGAGGCCUCAGAGACAUCGUUGUGCAGAGCUCGUGCACACACUUUGAGUACCUCAUGUCAGAGACCUCAUUCAAGGAGAUCCUGGGGUUGAAUGGAGAUUUCUCAGCCGACCUUGUCAGUCUGAUACAUGAGAGUUGGGAAAAGUAUUGCUAUUGCAAAUGUCCAUCGUGCGAGGCUACUUUUAAGUUGAGGAUAGAUUCACCUGGCGAUCAAAUCUCGGACUACCAAGAACCAAAGCCAAUCUUCUGUCCCAUCUGCGGUUUUCAACCGAUACAGGCGGAUGAGGAACCCAAUUGGCUUUACUUUUAUAUGGGAAAUGAGAUGGAGUCACCGCCAUAUGAAGAGUUUGGCGCAUCCUUGAAGAAGUACUUCAACAAUACACGCCUUUCAGACACCGUCAUCAAAUGCGGAGGUCGUGAAUUCGCAGUCCACAGUCUUAUACUCUUCUGCCACUCCGAGUAUUUCAAAAAGCAGCUAGAUGGGCCAUGGAAGGAAAGCUCUGAGCGAGUGAUAGAAAUCAUGGAUUUCGACCCCGCUGUUGUCAGGGCAAUGACACUUUUCCUUUACUGUUUCGAUUACGAGUCCCCAGCUGAUUCAUCAGCUAUGAUAUUCCAUGCCAGGGUCUAUCAAAUCGCUGAUAAAUAUGACAUUGAGGCGUUGAAGAGACUUGCUGCGACAAAGUAUCGCACCAGUAUUGAUGCAGGAUGGGAGAUGGAUAGCUUUCCAUGUGCAAUCGAACUGGCGUACACGACUACGCCGCCCGGAGACAGAGGAUUACGUGAUAUCGCUCUGGAGAUUGCUGUCAAAAAGAUUGGAACAUUGAUGAGUCAGGAUGUGUUCUGCAAAAUGCUGAGUGCCAAUGCCGAUCUCGCUGGCGACAUUAUCCGCCGCUUGCAUAGGGAAUCAGAAAAGUCUCAGGAGGAACUAAGAAGCUUUCAGAACGAAAAGCGCUUGGAUGAGCUUCUUUCGCUUCCGAAACUACCAGCAUCGAAACGACGCUCUCGAGUAUAA